AUGGAGCAGCUGGUGGCCCUGCCCUUCCACGACGGCACCGUCCUUCUGAGCUACGCAGAUGACCUCGCCCUCGUGGUCACCGGAAGGGGCAACAAGCUCAGGGGGACGCAGCAGGCGCUCGACCUCAUCAGCGGGAAGUGCGAGGAGCUGGGGCUCAAGAUCUCGGCGGAGAAGUCCCGGGGCAUGAUGGUGAAGGCGGCAGACCCAGCCUGGCAGCUCCGCGUCCAGGGAGUCGAGCUGUCCUUCACAGCCCACGCCACCUACCUGAGGGAGAGGACGCAGGCCAGGCUGAACGUGAUGCGGGCCAUGACACGACCCACCGCGGGCGCCACUUUCUCCGUCCUGCGCCAGUACUACGUGCAGGCUGUCCGCUCGCUGGUGGACUACAGCGCUCCCGUCCUCGUAGCGCUCUCCACCAACCAACAGGAGCGGCUCGAGGUGGUGCAAAACACUGCCAUCAGGACCAUGCUGGGGGCACCGAGGUGGUCCAGCGCAUGCGUCAUGCAGAACGAGACCAGUUUGGUGCCCCUCUCCAUCAGAGUCCAGCAAGUCAUGGCCUGCCGCGUGGCCAGGGUGUUUCACCGUGACACGGAGGGCGUGGCGCAGAGGAGGCUGCGGCUCGCGCUGGUGCAGGACGAGACGUUCCUCCGCCGCAACCCGUGGCUGUUUCACGCACAGCUGGCCGUCCACAGCCUCGUCCGCAUGGAGGGCUGGCCCUGGCCACAGGCGGACCUCCCUGCCCCCACCUUCCGCGCCCCGCCCCCGUGGGAGCUCCCCUCCGCAGAGUUCACCGCCACUCAACUCCCCGCCAGCAAGGCUGUCUGUCCCACCGCUGAGCUGCGGCAGCACGCCCUCAUGGCCAUGGCUCGGGUCACCGAGCCAGGCUGUGCGAUCUACUACACCGACGGCUCAGUUGACCCAGACAGCGGAAGGACGGGCGCUGCUGCCAUCACUGGCGGGACCGAACUGGGCGUGCGCACCCCCGACCACUGCUCCACCCUGCAGACCGAACUGGUGGCCAUCCAGCUGGCCCUGGAGCACGCCCACCACCGUCAGGAGGCCACCGUGGUGCUGCACACUGACUCCAAGUCGGGACUACGGGCCCUCCAGCAGCCGCAGCCCAAAGACGACGUGGGCCUCGUCACCGCCAACCUGGGCAGCCUCCAGAGCCUCGCCGCGCAGGGGCGGCGGGUGAGGCUCAACUGGAUUCCAAGUCACGUGGGGGUGCUGGGCAACGAGGAUGCCGACGCGGCCGCCAAGAGAGCUGCGGCGAGUCCCCAGGUGACUAAGCACGUGGCCCCCAGCCUGCGGCAGGUGAAGACUCGAGCCAGGCGCGCCGCAAUCCAGGCGACCCGCCACACACACCAGCAGCUGGAGGCCAGAAAGAGGCAGGCGGCAUGGUACGCUGCCGCCACCGACUACCAGCCGCUCGACGCCUCCCAGCAGCAGCCCAGGGCGGACGGCGUGCUGCUGCAGCGCGUCAGGCUGGGUUUCUGCGCCAGGGAGGAGCUGUACGACGGCUUCCAGGGGCAGGAGUGCUACCACUGCGGGAGAAACAGCCGCCACCCUCUGCUGCACUACCUCCUGUCCUGCCCGGCCACCGCCGCCCUCAGAACACAGUCGCCAGCACUCGCCCAGCCUGCAGGCGGCGUCCUCCUUAGCAAACUACCGUCCUAUUGCUUUACUUUCUUGUCUAUCUAAAGCUUUUGAAUCAAUCCUUAACCGGAAGAUUCAAAAGCACCUUUCCACUUCCGACCUUCUAUCUGAUCGCCAGUAUGGGUUCCGCAAGGGGCGUUCUACUGGUGAUCUCCUAGCCUUCUUAACUGACUCUUGGUCAUCCUCUCUUAGCCGUUUCGGUGAAACUUUUGCUAUUGCGCUGGACAUAUCAAAAGCUUUUGAUAGGGUCUGGCACAAAUCUUUGCUUUCAAAACUACCCUCCUACGGUUUCUAUCCUUCUCUCUGUACCUUUAUCUCCAGUUUCCUUUCUAUUUCUGCCGUGGUAGACGGUCACUGUUCUUCUCCUAAAUCUAUUAACAGUGGUGUCCCACAGGGUUCUGUCCUAUCUCCCACUCUUUUUCUGUUGUUCAUUGAUGAUCUUCUUUCCAAAACGAACUGUCCUAUCCAUUCCUACGCCGAUGAUUCCACUCUGCAUUAUUCAACUUCUUUUAAUAGAAGACCCACCCUUCAGGAACUUAACGACUCAAGGCUGGAGACUGCAGAACGCUUAGCCUCAGACCUUAAUAUUAUUUCCGAUUGGAGCAAGAAGAACCUGGUGUCCUUCAACGCCUCAAAAACACAGUUUCUCCACCUAUCCACUCGACACAAUCUUCCAAACAACUAUCCCCUAUUCUUUGACAACACCCAGCUAUCACCUUCCUCAACACUAAACAUUCUCGGUCUAUCCUUAACUCAAAAUCUCAACUGGAAACUUCAUAUCUCAUCUCUUACUAAAUCAGCUUCCUCGAGGCUGGGCGUUUUGUACCGUCUCCGCCAGUUCUUCUCCCUUGCACAGUUGCUGUCCAUAUACAGGGGCCUUGUCCGCCCUCGUAUGGAGUAUGCAUCUCAUGUUGGGGCUCCACUCACACAGCUCUUCUGGACAGAGUGGAGGCUAAGGCUCUUCGUCUCAUCAGCUCUCCUCCUCAUACUGAUAGUCUUCUACCUCUUAAAUUCCGCCGCAAUGUUGCCUCUCUUUCUAUCUUCUAUCGAUAUUUCCACGCUGACUGCUCUUCUGAACUUGCUAACUGCAUGCCUCCCCCCCUCCCGCGGCCCCGCUGCACUCGACUUUCUACUCAUGCUCAUCCCUAUACUGUCCAAACCCCUUAUGCAAGAGUUAACCAGCAUCUUCACUCUUUCAUCCCUCACGCUGGUAAACUCUGGAACAAUCUUCCUUCAUCUGUAUUUCCUCCUGCCUACGACUUAAACUCUUUCAAGAGGAGGGUAUCAGGACACCUCUCCUCCCGAAACUGACCUAUCUUUCGGCCACCUCUUUGGAUUCUUUUUAGGAGCAGUGAGUAGCGGGCUUUUUUUUUAUUAAUGUUUCCUUUUUGUGUGCCCUUGAACUGUCUUCUUUGCUGUAAAAAAAAAAAAAAAAAAAAAAAAGACGCGAGGCCAGGGCGGCCCAUCUCGUCCGCCACACGCCCAGGGAGGUGAUGCUGCGGGUGCUCAGGGCGGCACCCCCGCCCCGCUGACCUGACCUGCCCGCAACACACUCACCACCACAGGAAGAAGUCUGUGAGCAGCACAGCGCUCACACCGACACUCUGAUUCCCUCACCGGCGGGCUGGUGCCCGCUUUGCAUAUGGUAUUGUAUAUGUUUUUUUUUUUCUUCUUUUUAUCAUGUAAUGUAUGCAAUUUAUGUCCAAUAAGCCAUUAACUAUCUAACGUUCUUCCUCAAUGGAGUUACCACUGGUUAUUAGUUGUGUCUUUUAACCUACAAGGCGGCUUUAACGGACCCAAACGGCGUUGUACCAGCUACAAAGUAUGCUGCCUCGAAAACACACAAACAGAAAUGUUUGGUUUUCGCUGUAGCGGCCUAGGCUGCCGCUACAGUAUUGAUGGCACCCACAGUGGAGACUCUGCAGGACCAUAGCUGGGCGUUAUCGCGAUACUUUAUCGCUGAUAACAAAAUCGGGUUAUCGCCCAUCCGCUACUUAUUUGGAUAUAUCGGUAUCUUCGUUACUUUUGUAACCAAACCAGCGAUAAUCGCUACUUUUUUCCGCCUCUCAGAAAAAAAACUUUGUCUCCUCCCUACUGCCCAUGCUCAGACCAGCAAGCGUAGACAUGUACAGUCUAACAAAGCUUUUUAGCCGUAAUUAAGAGUUGCUGGAAGGCUGAAACAGACAUACAGUACCACCAUCCUCGCUGUUUCUAGAACGACACUCUGUACAUGUAAAUACAACUCGUACAGAGUGUCGUUCUAGAAACACCGGGGAUGGUGGUAGUGGUACUGUACGUUUGAUUCAGCCUUCCAGCAACUUUUAAUUACGGUUAAAAAGCUUUGUGAGACUGUACAGGUCUACGCUUGCUGGUCUGAGCAUGCGCAGUUCACGAGAGACCAGUGUUUGUAAACAAAAGCGCCAUUUUUGACGGUGGGGACGCCAAAUAACACACCACCGGCUCAGGCGUUUCUAGUAUUACCGUCCAUAUGUACGUGUCAACGUGUGGUUUUCAGGUUUUGUAAGUUUUCUAAAAUACAGAUAAUAAAAUUUUGAAUUCAUCUGUUUUUUAUUUGAAAUAUCAAUAUAGUAUCGUUUUCGCCUAUCGGACUUAUCGCUAGCUAGUAUCGGAAUUGUGGAUUAAUAUCGGGUAUCGGUUAUCUGUUAUCGCCUAUAUUUGUGUUGCCAGUUAACGAAUAUCGGUUAUCACCGAUAAGGCUUUCCAUUAUCAAUUAUCGGUUAUCGGGAAUAAGGUUUUCUGUUAUCGUGCCCAGCUAUGCAGCAGGACCUUAUUGGAGUGUGUCAGGCGUAUGCUGCCACGCACGAUAUUGUCUACAACACCACCAAGACAGAGUGCAUGGUAGUGCCGCCGCCACACUCUUGGGUGGACUACCAGACAUCAGCGUGGCUAAGUGGGAGUGCACUUACAUUUGUGGAUAGAUUCACAUACCUGGGCCAUGUCAUCAACAGGGAACGGUCCGAUGAUGAUGACAUCAAGAAGCAGACCACCAAGCUCACAGUCAUCGGCAACACGCUGCUGAGGAAAUUCUCCUUUUGGCAGCACGGAGGUGAAGUUGGAGUUAUUCAGGAGCCACUGCUACUCUCUCUACUGCAACUCGCUGUGGUCGCGGUAUAGGGCUGGCUCCAUGAACCGUCUUAGGGUCUGUCAUAACGACAUCCUCAAACGGCUUCUGGGGCUUCCUAGAUGGACUAGCUCAUCCCUGGCCUUCACUGGGCACGGGAUGAACUGUCUGGCUGUGCUGCGUCGCCACGCCGCGUACAGUAUGAGGAGUAGAGUGGAACAAUCUGGGAACUCCAUCAUCGCCACUGUCAGACAGAGCUCAGCCUAUGUAUGUGGUUCUAAGCGGCGGGAGUGGCUGGGCCUUCUGUACGUGUAGAAUGUACAUAAGUGUGCCGUGCACACGCAUAUAUACGCGUACGCGUAAUCAUAAAGCUGUCAUCUAUAUAAGUGUAUAUGUAUCUCGAUUUUGUUCUCGUUCGUUUACUUGUCCUGUUCUUUAUAUAUGCCAAUGGGCGAUAUAAAACUAUUAUUAUUAUUAUUAUUAUUAUUAUUAUUAUUA